GGAGUUGGUGCUGGGCGGAGUCAGAGCAGCCCUUGAGGUUCAAGGAGGCGGGGGAGACCUGAGCUCACGCUUGCUGAGACAGAAGUCACAGCAGGAUUAUGCCCCUCAGGGCAAGAGGAAGGUGGGAGCUCGGCUGUGGGUUUAGCCUGGCCAGCCUUCACGGCUAGGACAAGGACAGGGGCGGGAAUUGGAAGGACCCGGGGGGAGCGGAGGGCUGGACGAGAAGGAGGGGCCAACGGGAGGAUUCAGUGUUAGAGUUCAGAAACUGCCGCCGUAACCCAAGAACAAAGUUGCAUGCAGAGCCAACAUAAGAGCUUCAAAAUCGGGAUUCCUUACUGAGAAAGAUGUAUAACAUAAACCGGUCAACAGAUACCAAGGAAGCAGCAGCCAUCGAGGCCAGAAGAAAUCGAGAAAAAGAGCGACAAAACCGAUUCUUCAAUGUGCGGAACCGAGUCAUAGGGGUGGAUGUCCAGGCCCUGAACAACCAGGUGGGAGACCGAAAGCGUCGGGAAGCAGCAGAAAGAAGCAAGGAGGCAGCUUAUGGUACCAGCCAGGUGCAGUAUGAUGUGGUAGUCCAGAUGUUAGAGAAGGAAGAGGCAGAUCGAACACGUCGGCUGGCCAAGAAAGUCCAGGAGUUUCGGGAGCAGAAGCAGCAGCUCAAGAACGGGCGUGAAUUUAGUCUUUGGGAUCCAGACCAAGUCUGGAAGGGGCUUCCAACCUAUCUUAGUUACAGUAAUACCUAUCCUGGUCCAGCCAGCCUGCAGUACUUCUCUGGGGAAGACCUAGACAGGGCCACACGGCUGAGAAUGCAGCAGGGGCAGUUCAGGUACAACUUGGAAAGGCAGCAGCAGGAGCAACAGCAAGCCAAGGUUGAUGAGAAUUGUGCAGAUGCGCUCAGUAACCAGCUGCGCCUCGCCAUGGACGCGCAGGCCACCCAUCUGGCCAGGCUGGAGGAGUCCUGUCGUGCGGCCAUGAUGUGUGCCAUGGCCAACGCCAACAAAGCGCAGGCAGCUGUGCAGGCUAGGCGUCAGCGCUGUGAGCGUCAGCGUGAACAGAAGGCCAACCUUGCGGAGAUCCGGCACCAGAGCAAAAGUGACCUACUGACUGAAAACCCCCAGGUCGCCCAACACCGUACGGCUCCCCACCGGGUCCUGCCCUAUUGCUGGAAGGGCAUGACUUCAGAGCAGCGAGCUGCCAUCAGGAAAGAGCAGGAAGUACAACGCUCUAAGAAGGAAGCUCACCGUCAGGCUGAGAAAACACUGGAUACUGAAUGGAAAAGCCAGACCAUGAGUUCAGCCCAGGCAUUGCUGGAGCUAGAAGAGCAGGAGAGGGAAUUGUGUGCUGUAUUUCAAAGGGGUCUAGGCUCCUUCAACCAGCAGCUGGCUAAUGAGCAAAAAGCCCAGCAGGAUUACCUGAAUUCAGUAAUCUAUACCAAUCAACCUACAGCCCAGUAUCACCGGCAGUUUAACACCAGCAGCCGCUAAGUUCAGGAUGUUUAUCUCUUCUCCUUCAUCAAGCUCACAGGCGGUUAGGAGUCAAAGAGAAAAAUGCUGCAUACUCCCACCUUCUAACCUAGGUAAUAAAGUUCUUCACUCAAAAUCAA